CGGAGGAAGAAAUCUCGCGAUAUGAGACCGGCCGGGGCGGGGGUGGCACCUCUUCCCUCCUCCUCCCCCUCGCGUUAGUUCCGGUAGCAGAGGAGACACCGCCGCAGUUGCUGCCACCUCCGGGGUUUCUGGCUCUUUUCUCAUCGCCUUAAAUUCGGGUGUCUUUUAUGAAUAAUCAAAAGCAGCAAAAGCCAACGCUAUCAGGCCAGCGUUUUAAAACCAGAAAAAGAGAUGAAAAAGAGAGGUUUGACCCUACUCAGUUUCAAGACUGCAUUAUUCAAGGCUUAACUGAAACUGGUACUGAUUUGGAAGCAGUAGCAAAGUUUCUUGAUGCUUCUGGAGCAAAACUUGAUUACCGACGAUAUGCAGAAACACUCUUUGACAUUCUGGUGGCUGGCGGAAUGCUGGCCCCAGGUGGUACACUGGCAGAUGACAUGAUGCGUACAGAUGUCUGUGUGUUUGCAGCACAAGAAGACCUAGAGACCAUGCAAGCAUUUGCUCAGGUUUUUAACAAGUUAAUCAGGCGCUACAAAUACCUGGAGAAAGGUUUUGAAGAUGAAGUUAAAAAGCUGCUGCUGUUCUUAAAGGGUUUUUCAGAGUCGGAAAGGAACAAGCUGGCUAUGUUGACUGGUGUUCUUCUGGCUAAUGGAACACUUAAUGCAUCCAUUCUUAAUAGCCUUUACAAUGAGAAUUUGGUUAAAGAAGGGGUUUCAGCAGCUUUUGCUGUAAAGCUCUUUAAAUCAUGGAUAAAUGAAAAAGAUAUCAAUGCAGUAGCUGCAAGUCUUCGGAAAGUGAGCAUGGAUAACAGACUGAUGGAACUUUUUCCUGCCAAUAAACAAAGCGUUGAACACUUCACAAAGUAUUUUACUGAGGCAGGCUUGAAAGAGCUUUCAGAAUAUGUUCGGAAUCAGCAAACCAUAGGAGCUCGUAAGGAACUCCAGAAAGAACUUCAAGAACAGAUGUCCCGUGGUGAUCCAUUUAAGGAUAUAAUUUUGUAUGUCAAGGAAGAAAUGAAAAAAAACAACAUCCCAGAACCCGUUGUCAUUGGAAUAGUGUGGUCCAGCGUAAUGAGCACUGUGGAAUGGAACAAAAAAGAGGAGCUUGUAGCAGAGCAAGCCAUCAAGCACUUGAAGCAAUACAGCCCUCUACUUGCUGCCUUUACAACUCAAGGUCAGUCUGAGCUGACUCUGUUACUGAAGAUUCAGGAGUACUGCUAUGACAACAUUCAUUUCAUGAAAGCCUUCCAGAAAAUAGUGGUGCUUUUUUAUAAAGCUGAAGUUCUGAGUGAAGAACCCAUUCUAAAGUGGUAUAAAGAUGCACACGUUGCCAAGGGGAAGAGUGUCUUCCUUGAGCAAAUGAAAAAGUUUGUAGAGUGGCUCAAAAAUGCUGAGGAAGAAUCUGAGUCUGAAGCUGAAGAAGGUGACUGAAUUUUGAAACUACACCCUCAGUAAAGCAAACAGGAGUUGUAGAUAAAAUGUCAUGUCUCAUGUGUCCUGGUUCUUACAUCUUCCUACCUCCCUAUAUCAAGCAUGAUAUAAGGGCUUUCAUGGCAAAUUUUAUUUUAACUGUUUCUAUGGUUACUGGAAAUGUUGGAUUUAGUUUCUAAAACCAUGUUUUAAGUAGCUACAGGAGCUAUAGAUUUGAAUCUGAUGUUGCAUUAGUCUUUUCAGUUAUCUUCUACCUCCUGUAUUUUCUACUGUAAUAAUGUAAUUUAAGGCCUUCCACAAUGAACAGUUCACUUUAUUCCCUGGGUUUUCUAUAUAAACAGUUUUCAAGAUAUGAUUUGGUUAAAAAUAAUUUGUUAUAAAAAUUCUGUUUGCAAAUUAAACUGUAAAAGUAUCCAGUGUCUCAGAAGGCAAUGAUUUGUGUGAUAAUUUGAUAUGCCCAAAGCCCUGCUCAUCAAUGAAAACUCAAGAAUCUUGAGUAUUUGGACCAUUGCUUCCAUGUUAACAUUUUCUUGGCAUUUUUAGCCCCAGAUGUACUUGAGCUCAAUUGUCUGCUCUCUGAUUUUUAUUCCCUAAAAUGAAGCCAUGGGGAACAAACUUGAAAGUGGGGUAUUUGGGAAAUUAUAUGUGACAACGGUAGUGGGAAGAAAAAAAUGGAGCUUUUUCCCAUUGAGAAACUUCUGCAUUCAGUUUGUUUCUUUCCACACAAAACAAAUGAAUAUUCUUUCCACAAAACCAUUUUCAAAUAUACCUUGGAAAAAGCCUUGUCACUUAAAGUGUUUUACACUUAUCCUGCACUUAGAUUCGUGAGAAAGGACUAAAAAUAGUGCGAGUAAAGCAAAUGACUGUACUAAACCCAGAAAAUUGUUGAAAGAAAAAUGAUCAGCAUGUUCUGAUUGGGACUGCAAAUAUAACUCAAUAUUGCCUGUUGGCUUUGCAUAUUUGUUGUAAAGAGUAAAGUGCAGUGAUAAUGAUGUAUUCCUACUUGGUCAUAGUGGACCAGCUUCAUUCUCUUCACAGGUUCAUUUAUGACUCAAUUAUCUGGCUAUUAACUUAACCUAGUUGCCAGUUUUUUAAAUUGCCAUGAGCCAAAUAUCUCUUCUAUACAGUUGAUCCAUUUAUUUUAGUGGCUGCCUUUUUAAUUUCCAUCUUUUCUUGCUGCUACCUGUCUUUAUAUGUAGUCAUUAGAAAACAAAGUAUGGUCACGCUUUUUGCUGCAAAGAUUUCAUGUUGAAAGUGAACACUUCGAAAGUUUUUUGACUGAUGAAAGAAACGAGCUUGGAAUAAUGCCACGAGAGACUUGAGUGGGAAUUGCCUUUUUCAAAGGUGCCAUUCUUAUGAGCCAAGAAUUUGUGUUUAGAAGUUUAUCUUGAGGGAAUAACAUGUAAUAUAGUUUGAAAUAAAGGUAUAACCUUAUGAAGAAAAGCAUUAUAAUUGAUACCAUUGUGAAGGGGGUGAAAUUGUUAAAUGAAUGACUUUUGAUAAAGCUUUCAUGCACAGGCAAAAUGUAUUCACUAGGUUUCUACAUAGUGAUCUGCUUUUACUUUGUAAUUUGUAGUCCUCAAAAGACUUUUUUUAAAAAAUAAAGUCUAUCCUUACACUUA